AUGGGCGGCGGCGCGGCAUCCAUGCGGUGGAAGGAAAACAUGCGCCUGAUUUACGGACGUGUGAGAGGCGCGGAUCCCCCCGGCACCCACAAGAGGCGGCGACGGUGCUCCUCGGGUCCUCCGUUCCCCGGCAUCGAAGCGGAGACGGCGGCGGUCCUCUCCCUGCUGCGGCAGCGUGAGUCCCCGGCGGCGGCGCUCUUCUCCUUCGACCGCGCGAGUCCCCGGCGGCGGCCUUCCUCCGUGACGGCGCGCUCCUCACCUAUGGCGUCCAGGCAGCAUCCCAGCAGUGGCCGGCGGCGCGAGUCCCCGGCGGCAGCGCUCGCGAGUCCUAUGCACACCGAUCUGCAGGGUUAAGCGGGAGCCCUGAUCAGCCUGUCGGUCAAGAUGAAAGACCUGCAUCUGCAUGGGUGAAGAGGUAGAUCAAGAUCUUGACGCUGUAUG